AUGCUGGUCAUCGUCGUAUACCUGGCAUUCCUCCUCUCGAUCUAUGUUGACAUGAACACCAAGUCUACAUCUUCGUUUGCAGAGUGGGCAAUCUAUGCCUCUGGCAUCGCAUGCAAUAUCAGCUGGGUGCUGGUGGCAGCGGCUGCGAACAAGUUUACUCUUGCCGGGUCCUAUGGGUGGACUGAUGCUUAUGGAGUUUCAGGAACCCCGCAGGCUGCAGUGAUUGUGGUUGGUAUCCUUGCAGCUGUGGCGGUUAUGGUGGCUACCCUCCGUUGCGAUUUUGGGCUUUCACUGGGCUUUACCGGCAGCAAACCCUGUCGGAUGCCAGCUUUCCUCCUCAGGCCAUGA